UCUGCCGAUAAAACUCCUUCCAAAUUGCUUUCGACACAAACUAGCAGAGCAAAAUUAUCAGCAGGAGGGGUUCUUUCUGGUACUUUACCACCAUCUCCUUUACCCACAACUCCAUUAAAAAAACAUGAAGGGUGGAGAUGGUUCGCCUUUAUUAAGUGCUGACGAAACUCCAGCAAAACAUACAUCUACACCAGCAAAAUUGAUGACUUCUACACCUGUGCUCCAACCUACCAAGAGAUGUUAUAUGAGUCCGGAUGGAGAGUUAACUGAAUCACCACAAAAGCUAGUUAGGCACCCUCCUCGUAUUAGGUCAUUGACCUUUGAUACUCCUGUGAAGAGUUCAAAGGUUUCUGAAGUCAUCCAUAGUAGAGAAUCGUCAAUAGAUGAUGAAAUCUUUGACAUUCUUCCUGAGAAUCUUCUGCUAUCGAUCAGAGAAAAGGAGCAAAAGCAAUUAGAGGAGAAAGAUCCAGCUAUAUCCCAAGCGAAAUGGCGCAAGAAAAUGAUUUUGAGCUUACCUAAGUUCUUCGACAUGAUUUACUUCCUAUUUCAAUCAAUUAAACGUUCUGUGAUUACUAAAGAGGAGCUUAUGCACAAAGUACUUUCAAGCCAUCUAGAGAUUACUGAUAGAAGAGAAGUUGAAGAGCAACUCCGGUUAUUGCUAAAAAUAGCUCCUGAAUGGAUCCAUGAAAUGUGGGCUAUAGCAUAAAAAAAUUUGGAAAUCGGGCAGAAUUUCGAUUUUAUGGCCCUAAAAUACCAAAAAACAAGUAACGGUCAUGGUGAGGUGGUGACUAUUGUUCCUUAGGUCAUUUUUGAUGGGCCAGUAAAAUUUUAGGUGAUUCGGUUUCGGUUGCUGGGGCCCCACUAGAGAGCAUGGUAUAAGACACAAAAAUAUGAGAAUCGGGCAGAAUUUCAGUUUCAUUGCCCUAUAACGCUAGUGUAUGUACACAACUAUAUGGAUCAGGCCGAACGACCUCGGCAUAAUUCGUGCGUAAAAUCGCUGGGAGUCCGAAUACCCACAAGAUUUUUCCUCUUGAUUGAACUUGGAAAUUACAUGAUAUCCCCUUGU